UAGAUAAAAGAGAGGGAGCUGGCUAAUUCUUAAAAUCAUCAAAUAUCGCAGUGUAACUAUACCAAAUAUACUUAUUCAGACCUUUGUUUUGCACAAUGGUGCAGCUUUCUCACGAGGACUACACAGUGGCAUGGAUAUCUGCCCUUCCUAUCGAAUUGGCCGCAGCGCAGGCCAUGCUCGACGACCCCCAUGAAUCUUUACCCGUCGCGCACCAUGAUAAGAAUACUUAUGCGCUUGGACGAAUUGGAGCGCACAACAUCGUCAUUGCUUGCUUGCCAGAUGGAAUACCGGGGAUUGCCUCGGCCGCAGUCGUGGCAAUGCAGCUACUGGCCAGCUUCCCAUCCAUUCGCUUUGGCUUCAUGAUUGGGAUUGGAGGAGGGAUACCGAGCAAGGAUGUCGAUAUUCGGCUGGGCGAUGUUGUUGUCAGUCGGCCAACGGGUGACCACGGAGGCGUGGUGCAGUAUGACCUCGGCAAAGCCCUAACCGGCGGACAGUUUCAGCGGACAGGCAUAUUGAGUCCGCCGCCGCAGGUCCUCCUGACUGCGCUGGCCAAGAUUCGAGCGAACCAUAUGUUGCGGGAAAGUCAGAUCCAAACAUUCUUGGACGACAUGGUAGCCAGGUUCCCUCGUAUGGCACAAGGCUUCAGCCGUCCUCCGCAAUCAGAUCACCUCUUUCAGGCGGAAUACGCCCAUUGCCAGGGAAGAGGCACCUGUGCGGAUUGCGACCAGGCCCAAAGUGUACCCCGUCCUCUGCGUGCUGAUGACCGGCCGCAUAUUCACUAUGGUCUGAUCGCGUCGGCAAAUCAGGUUGUCAAGGACUCUGCGUUGAGGGGCCGUUUGCAUCAGGAGCUUGGGGCUUACUGUGUGGAAAUGGAAGCCGCGGGCCUUUUGAACAAUUUCCCAUGUUUGGUCAUUCGAGGCAUCUCAGACUACGCAGACUCACACAAGAAUGACGGAUGGCAAGGGUUUGCGGCGGCGGCGGCGGCAGCGUACGCGAAAGAAUUGCUGGCCGUGGUCCAGCCGGAGAAAGUCUUGUUGACACCGAUGGCAAAGGCCGCUGUGAAAGCAGAAUCUUUCCGUAUCCCUCUGGACUUGGCCACAGUUCCUGCAGUAGGCGGAUUUGUGGGACACGAAGCAGAGCUAGAUUCGCUCUGGGAUUUGCUCGAACCGGAGGGUUCUCCUAUGCAGAAAAGAGCCAUCCUUCAUGGACUUGGCGGCAUUGGUAAAACCCAGCUGGCUGUCCAAUUUGCCAGGAUCCACAAAUUCGACUUCACAGCCGUCUUCUGGCUAAAUGGCAAGGAUGAGAAAACCUUAAUCCAAUCAUUGGCCUCGUUCCUCCCAAAGCUGCCAGGGAUUCAACUCACGCAGAGCGCUAAAAAUGAAAAGGAGAGGGAAGCACACGCACGGCAGUAUGCCCCGGCGGCACAAACUGAAAACCGUGAAGGAUACGAUAUCAGUCACUACUUUCCGGUUGUAGACCAAGGAUCCAUUAUAAUCACCACUCGGCUUCCGCAGCUCAGGGAUCUAGGCAAGCCACUCCCAGUCCGAGGGCUGUCUUUGGAAGAAGGGGUUCAACUACUCUUGUACUCGUCUGGGCGCCUGACAAAGGAGGACACCGAAGCAGGAAAGCUCGCCAAUCGACUCAAUGGUCUACCGCUAGCUAUUGUUAUGGCUGGAUCUUUCAUCAGUCAGACCGGCGUCAGUUUUGCAAAAUAUUUACAGCUCUAUGAGCAAUCGUUCAGUGAGCUACUGUCCGAGAUGUCGCCGUUACGCCACUACUCUCAGGGAGAUAUACGCACAACCUGGAGGAUAUCUUAUCUCGAGAUUCAGAAACGCGACGCACCGGCGGCAAAGCUCUUGCUGCUUAUCUCCACUUUUCACAAUCGAGAUAUCUGGUUUGAGUUAGUUGAAAGCGGGCUGAACUAUGAUGAUGCUCCCUCGUGGUUUCGCCAAGUGGUCUCGAAUGCGUUUAAAUUCCUCAAGUCUAUGAGGACUCUCAUUGACUUCUCAUUGAUCGAGACAAAGGAGGACGGAAGCUACUCCAUGCAUCCUGUGGUCCAAGAUUGGUGUCGACAUAUUGUUGGUGAGACGAGCGAGGAAGACAAGCUCACCAUGAAAGCAAUUGCUCUGGCCUCUGUGGGGUACACGGUGCCAUUACGCUCUGAAAGGCAGUACUGGCUUCUUCAGCAACGGCUUCUUCUUCACGCAGACCAGAUGUGUGAAGCGAUUAUAAACGUGGCCGUCUUUGUCCAGGACCGUUCUCUACUUAAAGCUAUUCAGCAAGUGGGGAAUCUCUAUUUCGACCAGGGCAAACUAAGAGACGCCGAAGCGAUGUAUCAGCAGGCAUUGACGGGCUUUAUGCAAGUCCUUGGGUCAGACGAUGCCUCUACGCUUGGCGCGAUGCAUUCCCUUGGGAAUCUUUAUAAUGACCAGGGAAGAUUCAGCGAAGCAGAGCAAAUGUACCAGAAAGCCUUGGUCGGAUAUGAAAAAAAGCUCGGUCACGACGAUCCAGAUACCCUGACUACAAUUCAUUACCUCGGCGAUCUAUACAGGGACCAGGGCAAGCUGCAAACCGCUGAGCUGAUGUAUCAAAGGGCCUUGGUAGGUCGAGAGAAAAGACUUGGCCCAUGCGAUAUAAACACACUGAGCACUGUUGGUUCUCUCGCAAAUACAUACAGGGACUUAGACAAGUUCGAUGAUGCUAGGAAGCUGUAUGGGCGAGCAUUGACAGGCCAAGAGAAAGCCUUGGGCCCCGAUCACACGGCGACGUUGAGAACGGUCAGCAACCUUGGGGAACUAUACAGGAACCAGGGUCUACAUGACAAGGCGGAGGAAUUGUACAAACGAGCCCUGGCAGGAUACGAGAAAUCUCUUGGAGCGAAACACGCACACACGUUGACAGCUACCCUUAACCUAGGGGACCUCUACAAGGAUCAGGGAAAGCUAGAUGAAAGCGAGAAAAUAUACAACAAGGUACUGGCGGGAUACACAGAAGUAUUCGGCCACGACCAUGUACAGACGCUUACUGCGAUCCAGAGUUUGGGAAACCUCUACUACGCUCAAGGCAAACUGGAGGAUGCUGAGAAUAUGUACCAGCAGGCUCUGACUGGGUAUCGGAAUGCUCACGGGCCAGACCAUAUGGAUACAAUCGCGACCCUUCAUAAUCUCGGCAAUGUCUAUUCCGACCAAGGUGCGUUAGACGAGGCGGAAAACAUGUACCAGCAGGCCGUAACCGGAUACACGCACGCCCUGGGGCCAGCUCACACAUUUACCCUGACCAGCGUCCAAUGCCUUGGCGAACUUUAUAGUCAGAAAGGGAACCUGGAGCUGGCACAAGCAAUGUAUCAGAGGGUGUUCCGCGAACGACAAAGCAUCUUAGGUCCUACGCAUGCGGACACCCUAGAAUCUCUAUCAUGUCUGGUGAAUCUGCACCUCAACCAGGAUCAGCUCGAAGAAGUUGAAGCUCUAUAUCGACAGACGUUAGCAAGCUAUCAGGCUCUUAGCCCGAAUAAUAUUCACGCGAUGAACACGCUGCGCUGCCUUGGAGACCUCUAUUUUGAUCAAUGCAGGUUGAAGGACGCCCAUGAGGCUUAUCAACAAGCAUUAACUGGAUACACAGCUGCCUUGGGCCCAGACCACCCUGCCACACUAUACGCCCUUCAAUGCUUGGGGAAUAUAUAUCUCGAUCAGGGGAAGUUGAAGGAGGCUGAAGAUAUAUUCCAGAAGGCCCUAACAGGGUCAGAAAAAGUUCUCGGCCCGCAGCACCCAGAGACACUUACCACUGUCCACUGCCUGGGGAAUCUCUACGGGGAUCAGGACAGACUCGCAGAGGCAAACAUAAUGUAUCAAAGAGCGCUUACAGGCCGGGAGGAGCUUUUUGGCCCGGAUCAUCCAGACACUUUGACGACCAUUUGUCGCCUCGCAAACAUUUACAGGGAUCAAGGAAACCCAGAGGCCGAACCAAUGUUCCAGAGAGCCUUGGCAGGAUUCAACAAUGUUCGCGGCCCAGAUCAUCCUUCUACGCUGACCAUUUGCAGCCGUCUAGCUAGCCUCUAUAGAGAUCAGGGCAAGCUGAAAGAGGCGGAAGAACUAUAUAAGCAGGCAUUGUCAGGUUUUGAAAAGCGCUGUGGCCCAGAUCACAUAUCGACAUUAGCAACUGUUCAUUGCCUUGCAAAUCUGCAUAGACAACUGGGACGGCUAAAGGAAGCUGAAAGUCUAUACCAGAGGGCUCUAGUGGGGAGAGAGAAGGUCCUUGGUCCGGACCAUAUAGCAACUCUGUCCACGGUCAACAAUUUGGGAAACCUAUACCGGGAUCAAAGGAGGCUAAUAGAGGCAGAGAAAAUGUACGAGAGGGCAGCUGUCGGGAGAGCCAAAGCACUGGGGGCAGACCAUAGAGAUACCAAGGCCAGUGUUGGCAAUUUGGAGAGCUUACGCAAAGAUCAGCAACGGAGAAGGGCAUUUCUGGUUUUUGCAUUGGCCGGGUUCUUGCUUGCCAUUCUUCUUCCAUGGCUUUUUGGCAAAUAUUAA